AGACAUGCCUCUACCGUCAUGCAUCAUCAGCGACAAUGUCUUCCUUGGCGCAGGAUCCUAUUCCGCAACUUGAUCUGGGCAACACGUUUGGGGCGCUUUUUAUUGGGGUUAUCCUCGCAGCAGUUCUCUUUGGUCUAACCAACGUUCAAGCUUUCAUCUACUUGCAGGCGCAUACAAGCGCGGGGAUAACAUUUUUCAAGCUGGUUAGAUUUUCCCCAAAAACUUUUAGGAUAUUUGAUGCUCUGCACCUGGCCUUGACAAUCCAUUGCGUCUAUUACUAUCUGGUAACCAACUAUGCGAACUUUGGUGUGCUCGCGGAAAUCGUAUGGAGUCUCAAAAUUUUCAUUAUUCCUACGGUACAUCUCAAGGGCCGAUCAAGAGCUCUCCCGGCCAUAGCAUUGACCAUAGUCGUGGUCCUAAGUUCAGGCGAGUCUGUUGCCUGCAAAUUGAGUAGAUAUAGGGUCAAUUUGUUCAAAGAUUUGGUUGGAAUCGAGUGGUCAACAUACCUGUCCUUGGGGGCGGCUACUUUUGUUGAUUUUGUCAUCGCAUCAUCGCUAUGCUAUCUCCUCGCCACUUCGCGUACUGGGUUCUCUAGGACCGAUUCAUUCAUAACAAAGCUCGUGGGCUAUACCAUCAGUACUGGCUGUCUGACAAGUAUAUGUUCUAUGUCAAUCAUAAUCACAUGUGCUGUGAUGCCGACAACCUUCAUCUUCAUCGGUCUGCAAUUUCUAGUGACUAAAUUAUAUGUCAACUCGUUUAUUGCAUUCCUGAACGCGCGAUACUACAUGCAGGCCAACGCGAUUGUCGAUUCUCACCAAUUGUAUGAACGCCACGGUGCCUACCACCCGGAACUCCCCAUUAGUGCGUCGCAAGACGAAGAGUUUCAGAAAUCCCAGAAGGGCCCUAAGGAUGAAGUGCUGCAUAUCACGCAACCUGCUAUGGCAUGGAUUAUUAACUGCGUGCCUAAUUGAGAGAACACUCGCAAACAUCUGAGUUCGUAAUAAAUCAUCAUUCGGAUCCUAACAGUAUUUGCGGGAAG